AUGCAUUUUUUCUUGAAUUUGGAAUCCAUGGUGUUUUUGAAGCGAAACAAGAACUGGAUGUCAAAGUCUGUUAUACCAGAUAGCAUGCAAUCACUUGCAGGCCACAGAGAUUCAUCAUCUACGCACCACAUCGAGCAAUUAAUCGAUCAAGUGCGUGAAGCUCGGGCACGGCGUGAACAGCUGAAGAAGGAAAUCUCUUCCAAAGGAAAGGAGCGAAAGCGCCUCAUCGAUUGGGGAGAUCACUUCCAGCCUCGAUCUUUCAUCGAUCUUCUCUCAGAUGGACUUGCAAACCGAGUCUUUAUGAAGUGGCUGACGCAGUGGAAGCCUCUUCUCUUUCAUACUUCGCCCAAUCCAAGCACGGCAGAAGUCGAUUCGCUUCCUUUUGUCGCCUUCUCUCCGCUCAUUCCAUAUAGUUCUGCCCCGAGUGUCACAAAGGAGGAUUCCACGCCGCUUCCUGUCGCUCCCAGCCCCCUCUUCGUCCCGUCUAUCGCCCAGAUCUUCCCUCGCCGCUCCCUCAGCGCCCACUCAAUCCGCUCUAUGACCCACAGGCAGGCGUUCGAUGCGUCUGCGACUUGCUGCGGGAAAUCGACGUUGGUGCACAUCGCCGCGAAUGCGCAGAAGCUUCGCGUCGUCGCAUUGAUGGGGGAAACCAAUGGAACGCCGCUUCAACGAACGCUGGAGCAAAUCGAAACGGUGAUGCAGGUUCGAGGCGUUUCGUUCGGAAAAGAGAAACCGCCGCUGCUUUUAUUGGACAACUUUGAUAGUUCGUUCAGCCAAUCGGAGCGCAAAGCGAUUGUUAAACUGCUGCUCAAGUUGUACAAUGAAGCGCUUCACGAUCCUUCAAAGCAACUCGUUCCUGUAGUGAUCACGUGCGUGGAUGCAGUAGCGUUUUGA